CUGGUAUACCUGUCAGCAGAAAAAUCGAAUUAUUUAAAUUAAUAGUUUUGAGGCAGACAGAAAUUUAAUUUAUCCAACCGGGUCCAUAAACCUGAACUGUAGAAUAUGCGGAAUGGGUGACAGGUUUUUUUUUAAUUUACGAAACGCUCAUUUUAAUUACAAAAACAGUUUUCGGUUUCGUUAAAAUGUUUACAUCAGUUAGACGGUUCGAUUCGAUUUUGAAUGAAUGGUGAAAUUUUGCGUUGUCGCUUUUAUAAAUGCAGACACAGGUGAUCUUUCGUAUCAAAACGAAAACAAAUUUCUGAAUAAUAAAUUUUAAAUCGUUUUAAACCAUUGAAUGAGUGGACGGCCGGCCGUGUCGUGUGUUGUUGAUAGUUAAAGUGUAAUUAUGGAAAAGAUCGAAUUCAAUUUGGACUCUGUAUUGACGGAAAUCGGAGAGUUUGGUAGAUUCCAAACUCAGAUUUAUAUAUCGGUUAUUCUUCCAGUGUUGCUGGUGUCAUUUUUUUGUUCAAGUUUUAUAUUUACCACAGGAAAUUUGGAUUAUAGAUGUCGCAUACCACAGUGUGAUAAUGCAGGCUCAGACCUAUACAAACAGGAUUGGUUGAAUUUCACAACACCAUUGGGAUCAAAGUGUACCCAGUACCAAUUUCACGGAGAUGAUAAUUACAUGGAGUAUGUUAACAAUCAAUGUCGAGGGCAAUAUUUCAAUCAAUCGAAUGUUGUUCAUUGUCAUGAAUUCGUCUACAAAACUGAUUCGUUGACAAUUUUGAAUGAUUUCGAUUUGACGUGUGAAAAGGCGUGGAAGUUAACUACAAUUGGGUCACUAAAAAAUAUUGCUGAGGUAGUCAUUCUGCCAGUCACAGGGAUUAUAUCAGACCGGUUCGGUCGUAAGAGUUUACUCAUUGGCUCUUUGCUCCUCAGUGGAAUAUCCGGAACGGUAACAUCAUUCUCAAUAAAUUACUGGAUGUACGCAAUCAUGGAAUUCAUCACAUCAAUGUGUGCCGCCGGAAUUUAUAUGUCGGUGUUCAUACUUGGAAUGGAAUUGGUUGGAGCUAAUAAACGUGUACUGGGCGGAACGAUUAUUGCCCAAAUAUUUGCUGUCGGUCAAGUCAUACUCGGUUUCGUUGCUAUGAACAUUACAAAUUAUCGCCAUCUGUUACGAACAAUCUACUUACCCACCGCGCUGGUGUUGAGUUACAUUUGGUACAUUCCGGAAAGUGUUCGUUGGUUAAUGAGCAAAGGUCAGAACAAGAAAGCUUUGAAAAUAAUUUACCAAGCCGCUAAGACCAACCGUGUUGAACUAUCAAACUCAACAUUGGAUUCAAUGUACGACUUUUCGGACAACGAACCCGAUCGCAUCAACAAGACCGUCGUCGGCACAGCAAAAUCAAAUCCAUUUUUACUUGCCAUCCGGUCGAGAGUGUUAAUCGUUCGCUUUUUGAUUUGUUGUUUUUGUUGGUUUACAAAUGGGUUUGUUUACUACGGCAUCAGUAUACAUGCGGUUACAUUGGCUGGCAACAAGUACAUCAAUUUUAUACUUGUUAGCGUGGCAGAGGUACCGGCCAUUAUCAUAACGUACUUUCUCAUGCAAAAUUUCCGACGAAAAUGGUCGUUGCAAUUGGCUAUGCUAAUCUGUGCCGUUGUUUGCAUUACUUCGGAAUUCGUUUCGGAUUUCUCUCCCGUAUGGAAAUUGGUUUUGUUUGGAAUCGGCAAAUGUGCCAUUUCAAUAGCAUUCACAGUGUCCUACGUUUACACAACGGAACUCUUUCCCACCAAUCUUAGGCAAAGUUUUAUGAGUAGCUGUAAUAUGAUAUCCCGUGUUGGUGCAAUGAUAGCCCCACAGACACCACUUCUGGCUAGCUACGUUCCACAACUUCCUGCAUUUCUAUUCGGAGGAACGUCGAUGGUUUCAUGUUUGCUGGUAUUUCUGCUAUCGGAAACAUUUAACAUGAAAUUGCCAGAUACGAUUGAGGAAGCCGAAGGCAUUGGUAAAUAAUUGCAGUGAAACUUAAUGGAUGUUUGAUUCACAUACAAUCCACUCUCCCAGACAUCGGAUGUACUGUUGACUUUAGUCGUCAUUACUGCAUGAAAGUGUAUGAACCUUUGUCUCUGUAAUACAAAAGCGGAUAUUCUAAA